AUGCCGCUGUGUUGCUCGAAGAAGGCCGCCCAGCGCCAGAAGGAGUAUGAAGAGGAAGUUCGUAUGAGGAAACUUGAGGAAGCAGCUCGAAUUGAGAAGGAACAACGUGAACGCGACGAUGCACGCAAGGCUGAGAUUGAGCGCAUUAUGCAGGAGGAGAAGCAGGCGAAACUUAUGCAACAACAAGCCGACGAGGAAAAGGCAGAGCAGGAAAGUUUGAUGCAGCAGCAGGAGGCUUUGGAAGCUCAACAACGGGCUGAGGAGGAGAGAAUGAGAGCUGAGGGCAUGGGAGAGGAGAUGGAGGCCUCCGAGAAUUUUGAGGAUGCUCAGCCGAUGAGCAAUAUGGGUUCCGGCGUCUCACGUGUUUCAAUGGAUGCGUCUGAAGCAGUCCGGUCGGAAGCCCCUGUUAACGUAGACGACUCGUUUGAGAUGCAGACCUACACGCCAUUUGACAUGACCACCGUGGAUCAAACUGCACGCUACGUCGCAAACAAGUGUGGUUGCGCCUUGAAGCCUGAGCACAAGCCUUUCGACUGCGCCAUUUGCCAAGGCAUUGACCUGUCGGACGCCCCGCUGAUUGCCUAA